AUGUCCAUCAUAACACGCAAGAACUUCACUUCCAAUUUCCACCAUGACACAUAUCCAGCCUUGCAAGAACGACUGAAAAAUGUAGACUUGUCAAACAAGGCAGUUUUCAUCACAGGAUCCGGGACGGGCAUUGGAGCAGCGACCGCAUUAUCCUUCGCGAGAACGGGUGUAAAGGCUGUCUUUCUGUGCGGUCGUACGCCGUCAACUCUGGAGCAGACACAGCAACGAAUAUCAAAGGAAUGUCCAAAUGUCAUCGUUGGCAAAUUUGUCUUCGAUGUCAGCGAGGGACUCAAAAAGGCCCAGCAGGUCUUUGCAGAAGCGUCCAAGAUAUCUGGGCGUCCGCUUGACAUCCUCGUGAACAACGCUGGCUAUAUUGCCUCGAUGCCAACGACAUCAUCUCCGGACAGCAACUGGGACUUCGAUAGAUACUGGCGACAUUUCGAAGUCAACGUAAAGGGACCAUUGGCUUUAGCCACCGCAUUCCUUGAACAUGCAUCAGAGCAGCCAACAAUUCUGAACAUCACUUCUGGGGCCGCCGUGAUUGAUUUCGUUGCUGGGCUUUCUGGAUACGGGGCAAGCAAACUCGCAGCUUUCAAGAUGUUCAGCUACCUCUACCACGAGCAAGUCAAGCGUGGCCUCAAAGUGUUCCAUGUUCAUCCAGGAGUCGUUGCUACUGCAAUGGCAAAAGAAGGGAAUUCGGUAUGCGAUGACACUGCCGAACUUGCCGCAGACUUCACUGUCUGGGUGAACACCUCUGAAGCUUCGUUUCUCCAGAAUCGACUGUUAUACGUUAACUGGGACAUCGAAGAGUUGUUGGCAAAGCGUGAGACUAUCGUAGCACAGGAUCUCUUAACUCCUGGUGUAAGAGGGUGGGAUUCGACGGCUAUGUAA